CCGCCCUUCGGUUUAAUUUGGCUGGUGAAAAGCGAAACUAAGACGAUCUGGAGGCGGAGUGGGCCUCCCCAUCAAUCCGUGCGUUCACCUCGCUCGUCACUGCUCAAUGACCUGACGGCGUACUUUCCGUUGUUGCGCUAUGAAGAUUGGCAUGUGCGUCUGAGAAUUCAUAUACUUUUGGUGCUUGUAGUGUUGCUAGAGCCUUUUGGUCUAGGAAGACACCUGCACAGCAUUGCAAAUAUGAGCUUUGCAUACAGAGGAAACAGAGCAGAUAUCGAGAGUGGAUUUCCAGGAUUUAUACAUGAACGGCCAACUCUGCGUAUCCAUGGACAUCGGCCUGUUAAUUCCAAUACUCUGGCUUUUCUCGUAACAGCAGUUCUUCUACUGUUCAUGGUGUUGAACUCUCAUCAGAUGUCAUCCAACUUCCUGUUAUGGCUUGUUGUCGGUGUCUUUCUGCUGGCUACAAGCCUGCGGAUGUACGCUACUUGUCAGCAGCUUCAAGCUCAAGCCCGAGCUCAUGCGGCAGCUGCCAGUGGCUUGCUUGGCCAUACUGAAUUGCGUGUCCACAUGCCACCAUCAAUAGCAUUUGCUACCAGAGGACGGCUACAAGGGUUGAGGCUCCAGCUUGCUUUGCUUGAUCGUGAAUUUGAUGAUUUAGAUUAUGAUACCUUGAGAGCACUGGACUCUGAAAAUGUAUCCACAACUCUUUCUAUGAGUGACGAGGAGAUAAAUGCCCUGCCUGUUCAUAAAUACAAGGUUUCUGGUUUCCAGAGAGAUGGCUCCUCACUACAAAAAGCAUCGUCCUCCUCGGGCUCUGAGCUGAAGCAAGAGAGUAGAAAUGCGGAUACAAGUAUGAAAGCCCCGGAGGAUGAAUUGACUUGCAGCAUAUGCUUGGAGCAGGUCAACAGAGGCGAGCUUGUUCGUAGCUUGCCAUGUUUGCAUCAGUUCCAUGCUAACUGCAUUGAUCCUUGGCUGCGACAACAAGGCACGUGUCCUGUUUGUAAAUUCAAGCUUGGCGGAGCUUGGCAGGAAAGCAGGGAUAGCGAGUCGGAUGGAUCGGACAUGGUUUAAAGGCUAACCAAUUACCUGUGCCCACUUAUGUUAAUAUAUUGAUGUGUAUCAGUUCUAUAAGUCAAUAAAGUAUGUAUUUUAUG